AUCCCAGUAGUCUGUAUACACAAUUCUUUCGGACUUUCCACAAUACGUACAAACAUAGCUGGGCCCUCUUAGUAGUUUAAGAUGUCUUUCGAUCAAAAGGAAAUGUUUACUCUGAUGUACAAACUGGCGCGUCUGACCGAGGCGGAUACAAGGCUCGAAUACGAUGAGAUGGGGGCAAUAAAUGUGCCCGUGGAUCGUUUGUAUGGGCCGCAUACAAUGCGUUCGGCAAUGAAUUUCGAUAUAGGUGGCAUGGAGGAGCGCAUGCCGCGCCCCAUAAUCAUAGCCUUGGGCAUCAUAAAGAAGGCCGCCGCCCAAGUUAACAGGCAGAGCGGGCUGGAUCCGACUAUCUGCGAUGCCAUUCUGAAAGCUGCCGAUGAUGUUAUAUCCGGCAAGCUGUACGAUGAGAACCAUUUCCCGUUGGUCAUUUGGCAGCCGGGCUCGGGCAAGUCGUCCGACAUGAAUGUCAACGAAGUGAUUGGCAACCGCGCCAAUCAAAUACUGAGCGGUCAGCUGGGCAGCAACAAGCCAGUGAGUCCCGUAGAGCAUGUCGACAUGUCUCAGAACUGCAGCGACAGCUUCUCGUCUGCCAUCAAUAUUGCCGUUAUCAUGCAACUGAAUGAUAAGCUCUUGCCUUCGCUGAAGGGCGUCAUAGAGGUCCUACAAAAUAAGGAGCAGGAGUUCAGCAAUAUUAUUAAGAUCGGACGCACUCAUCUCAUGGACUCAGAUCCCUUGACCCUGGGACACGUGUUCGGCAGCUACAAGCAAAUGAUGAUCAACAACAGCUUGAGACUCAACUCGUGCAUCCAGAGAUUAUAUGAAAUUUCUGUCAGUAGCUCGGCCUGCACAUGUACAUCUUGCAACGAGGAGUUCGGAGCUCAAUGCAUCACUAAUAUUGCGGACAUCACGGGGUCGCCUUUCGUUGCGGCACCCAACUUCUUUGAAGCGCUCAGUGCACGGGACUCAAUGGUCGAAUUUCAUGGCGAACUGAACAGCAUUGCUGUCAGUCUCAUGAAGAUUGUUAAUGAUAUACGGCUCUUGGGUUCCGGCCCACGUUGUGGAUUUAACGAGCUCUCGUUGCCGGAGGGAGAGAUAGACUGCUCAGUAUUGCCGGGCACAGUAAAUACCACGCAGUGCGAUGUGUUGACUAUGAUUUGUGCACAGGUGAUGGGCAACCAAGUUGCCGUGUCCAUUGGUGGUUCCAACGGACACUUCGAGCUCAACGCCUUUAUGCCCUUGAUCGCCUCAAAUGUGUUACGUUCCAUCGCUCUAUUGAGCGACGGCUUGAAUGAAUUUACCAACAGUUGCCUCAAGGGCAUCCAGGCGAACAAAGGGAACAUAACGAAGGCCUUAAAUCAAUCUCUAGUCAUGGCCACUGCACUUGAGCCGUAUGUGGGCUUAGAGAAGACAAUCGAAAUAGCUAACCUAGCGCACGCAAAUGGUACCACCGUGAAGAUGGAGGCUUACAAGAAAGGCAUAUCCAAUGCCGACCUUGAUAACUGGCUGCAGUUGGAUAAAAUGUUGGGCCCAAAUGAAUAUACCAAUGAGAAAUGACAAAAAUAACUAAUUGAUUUUAAAGCUCAAUAAAGUAUUCCAAGUAACCAAAAUUAACUUCAGUU